GCAGGUUGCAACAGGGUUCGCAUCAGCUGAUCCGUCCCCGCGCUGCUCCCGCCCCCUGACUCCGCGGCGACCCUGCUGCAGGCCAGUCGCUCCAGCCCAGCAGCCUGACCGCGCGCUCCGCGACCCUGUCCUCGGGCCCGUCCGCGCCGGAGCAGCUCGGGACUACGCGGCGCUGACAUGGGAAAGUCUUUAUCCCAUUUGCCUUUGCAUUCAAAUAAAGAAGAUGCUUACGGUGGAGUCGCAUCAACUGAAAACAUGAGGAAUGGAUUGGUUAGUAAUGAAGUCCAUAAUGAAGAUGGAAGAAGUGGAGAUGUCUCUCAGUUUCCAUAUGUGGAAUUUACAGGAAGAGAUAGUGUCACCUGCCCCACUUGUCAAGGAACAGGAAGAAUUCCUAGGGGGCAAGAAAACCAGCUGGUGGCAUUGAUUCCAUAUAGUGAUCAGAGAUUAAGGCCAAGAAGAACAAAACUGUAUGUGAUGGCUUCUGUGUUUGUCUGUCUGCUGAUUUCUGGAUUGGCUGUGUUUUUCCUUUUCCCUCGCUCUAUCGACGUGAAAUACAUUGGUGUCAAAUCAGCAUACGUCGGUUAUGAUGAUGAAAAGCGUACAAUAUAUUUAAAUAUCACAAACACACUAAAUAUAACAAACAAUAACUAUUAUGCUGUUGAAGUUGAAAACAUCACUGCACAAGUUCAGUUUUCAAAAACAGUUAUUGGAAAGUCACGUUUAAACAACAUAACAAACAUUGGUCCACUGGAUAUGAGACAGAUUGAUUACACAGUACCAACUAUCAUAGCAGAGGAAAUGAGUUACAUGUAUGACUUCUGUACACUGCCGUCCAUCAAAGUGCAUAACAUAGUUCUCAUGAUGCAAGUCACUGUGACAACAACAUACUUUGGACACUCUGAACAGAUAUCCCAGGAGAGGUACCAGUACGUCGACUGUGGAAGGAACACGACUUAUCAGCUGGGGCAGUCUGAGUACCUGAAUGUCCUUCAGCCACAACAGUGAAAGCUGGACGAGAUGCUGCUAGAGAAGAAGAAACAGUAUUGAUUUUUUUUUUUAAUCCUCACCUGAGGAUAUUUUUCUAUUGAUUUUUAGAGAGAGUCGGAGCAGGAGAGACACAGAGAAACAUCCAUGUUUAGAGAGACAUGGGGUCGGGGAUUGAGCCUGCAACUGAGGUAUGUGCCCUUGACCGACACUCCGUCUACUGAGCCAAACUGGCCAGGGCCCUAUUGAUAUCUUUUAAACUCUGAAGGAUGAGGGACUUACUUUGAUAGGGGAUCAUACAUUGAACAACCUAAAUUUUACACUACUCUGUAUUUACACUAUUCUAUACAGCUAAAAGUAUGUGGACUUGCAAGUCUCUGUAGCUCUCUACUCCCAAGUACAUGAUAUUGGUACCAGGAUCUUUACUUAAAUCUAAGGUUACUGACUGGUUUUCUCUUCCCCCUACCCCUUCACCCCCACUCCCCAAAGGUGGAAACUGAGACUCCCUACAGUAAAAUAAAUAUUUAAGGUUCAUAGCUCCAAUCACUACUGAAAACAUAAGUUUGGUGAUUAACAUAAUUCAAGAAACUUUAUUUCUGAAAGUUUUUAUAGACUUAUUAUUGGUAGCUUAUUCUUUAUGAAAGACUUUUAAGGAAUAACCUUUUUUCCUGUUUUCUAAUUCCCAUUGCUACAAGGAAGUAUUUCAUCUAUAUGGUAUUGUAUUUCAUCUUUUAGCUAAACAUUUUUAGUUUUUCAUUUGUUGAAAUUCUACUCAUUUGCAUUUUUUGUCCAUCUUAUUUCAAGCCAGUGCUUGAAUAACACUUACAAAUAAACCAAAAUAAUCUUUGCAAAAUUCUAUACCUAAAAUUUUUAAAGUCUCUAAAUGUUUCACUUGUCUUUUCAUUUUAAUUAUAAUUUUGUGAAAUUUUGGUAUAAUCUUCAAACAUAAUUAAUGUAUAAUAUUGUAAAUAAACUGCAUGGCUUUUAUACAGCUUUAAUGUCAAAUGAUACAAAUUCAAAAGAAAGUAAGAUAUUCAUAAAAAUAAAAUAGGAAAUGAAAUUCAGAAACCUAUAGAAUGUGGAUAUAUUUCCAUUUACAUAUUAGGUUAGGCAUAAAAUAAAUUUUAAAUAAAAUAUUUUGAUGCUCCAUUUUUUUAAUAUUGCUUUUCAUACUAAAAAUUGUGAAGACACUUUUCAUAACUAUUAGGUACCCAAAUUAUCAAUUUUAUGGAUGCUUUGAGGUAGAAAUUUCUUUGGUUAAAAUUAUCCAAGAAAUCCUGUCAUUGAAUGAAAGUGGCUAUAUCAAAAUAAAAUCUAUAUUAUGCUUUUAAAUAUUUAAUCACUUUGCACAUAACAUGGAUAUCAUGCCUCUAGCAGUUACAUUUUUAAGGUUUUCUACUUUUGGUUUGAAUUUUAUUUAAAAUUGUUUUCAACUGUAAAUUAUUGACUUAUUCACUUUGUUGUUUAUGCUUUCAAUACCACUUACCAACUGGGCUUUUUGCCUUUUUACUUACUAAGGUCUAAGUACCUUUUAAAUACAUACCACUGAGUGUAGGGGCUGACUAUGCUAUUCAAAAAAAGGGGGAGGGGGUGGCUUGAUUAGUAUCUUUCUGUUGCCUCCUUACAGGAAUAAGGCUCCCCUGGCCACCUCCCCCAAAAUGUCUAACUUAAGUCUGAAACAUAAUUAUUAAACAGUCUGACUCAAUUCUGAAACAUGUUGUAUUAAAUUAUUUCUAUUAAUAACUCAAUACUGAAUUUAUUAUUUACUUAUUAAUAAUUAUUAUGAAGCCCUCCUUUCUAACUAAGCUUCCCUUAAUUUAUUGCUAAUUUAAUCCAGUGUUACUGCUAAAAUCAGCUCUUCACAUUUAUUAUGGAAUUCUGGUCAAACCCAAUCUUUUAAGUUUUUUCCUUAGUUUUUGACUACUCCCAUUCUUGAAAUCCCACACUUCUCUAGUGUAUUAAUUCUAUUUAUAUUUUUCAAAUCAUUGUCAUUUCAUUUUCCCUCAUUCUCUUCUGACAUCUUUUAAUGAGUAUUAUCUAGACCCUGAGUCUUUCACCUCAUAAUUUCUACUCCUGUGACUUCAACAAUGCAAUCAUUUAUAUCAGAUCUUCCAAAUCUGUUUCCACAUGCCUGAUCGAUUACCCAUCUAGUUUCCCAUGUAGCUAGUGACUUAGAGAUACUAAUAUUUCAGUGACUAUGUCUAAAACCAAACAAUGUUUUACAAAAUCUUACUUUUUGUUUUGUUCUCAUCUUGUCCUCAUAUCCUGUUUCCUUCAAAAUCACAUUCAUUUCUUCAGAAUCAUCUUCUACAAAAAUCAAUCCUAAUUUAUUUUCUUGCUUUGUAUCUUUUAACCUUGGAAAAUUAUAUAGUGUAAAUUAAAUGGAUUUUUUUGUUGAUUUGUGAUUCUAAAAUUCCUUUGGAUUCAUAGUAUCUAAUGAAGAGGCGGGAAAGUGAGGGAACAUUUGCUUUUUAUUAAUUUAGUUUUGAAUAUUUUUUUUCUCUUUAAAAACUUAUUAUACCUACUUUCUGUGAGUUUAAGUCAGAAAAAAAAAAAAACCUAGAAUAAUUUAAAGUAAGUAUUUUUUAAAAAGGUAGUGGAGAAAUAAAGAUCACCUAUGACUACUUUCAGAGUGGAUUAAGUAACUACCAGAAUAAGCCUAAAACAGCUGGCUAUAAAUUAAUAUUAAUAACACUACAGAAACACAUUCUGGUAAGGCCGAAUUAUAGUCAUUUUUUAAAAAUCUGGGAAGAAUAAAUGAGGCUUAUCUUUUCUUAGGUCAUUGUCUGAUUUAGUUUCUUACAUGGUAAUAGGAUAGGUAUCAGUGCAUUGUUUUAAAACUGCUCUCAGACCUUAUCCAAAGGACAUGGUAAAGAUAUUAUAAUUUUUUUUCUGAUAAUUCCAAGGAUAACUUUCUCUUAAAUUACACUUUUAAUAGCCUGGCCAUUCUAACAAGGUAUAAUACUAUAACAAGCCCGUGUGUGUUGAUAUCACAUGUAUAUAGCACUGUGUCCUUUUCAGAGUACUUUCAUAUAUUUUUCUUAGGUGAUUUACCAUAGCCCUGUGAGUUAGACAAAAGAGGGUAGGAUCCUCCUCUUUUGAAAUAGGAAGGAGAGGCAUGGAGAAAUUGAAGGACAUGCUGAACUUAACAUAUUUAGUAAAUACUUUGACUGGGCCAGACCUAGUUUUUCUGUCUCCUAUAUCUGUGCUCUGUCAUUUAAUAUAUCCAUUGGAAAUGUCAUUGACUCAGGUUAGUAUGAUCAAAAAUUAGAGGGACUGUUCACAUGCUUAAUAGUCACACUCGAAAUAAUAUUGUGGACUAUGGUUUAGGUAACUUAAGUUAGUACCUGGAAUAUUUUAAAUGAGAAAUUAACACCAAUAAAAUAUUUUGGACCAUAAUCUAUAGCUUAAUGUUUUUGUAAAAUUUAGUACUUGAUCAUUCCAAUAAAGAUAUGACAUGUCAUCAGAAUAGACUAUUCAUAAAUAAUAGAGAUUUUUUGAGAUUUGAAAUAUGAACAGUAUGAAAAUUAAUUAGAUCCCAGACAAAUUACUUGAAAUUGCUAAAAUGGUUACUAUAUAAUACAUAACAUGUAAAUGACUUUUAAUUUGUGUACAGUUUUUCUAUGCCUUUUUUGUUUAGGUCAGUGAGUUAAUUUUUUCUAAAAAUUCAUGACAAAAUAAAAUUCAAAAAAGAAAAUAAAAUUCA